UAAGAUGCUAAUAGAGAACUUCAAGAUGAACUUUAUGUAUUUAAAGGCUGGUUUGGUAUUAGAAUACAAUAGCUUCAUGUUCUUCAAAUGAGUUAGCUCUCAUGUCAGAAUAUGUCUUUGUGUAAACUUAGAUUCAAAACACAGGGAACUCCGAACUUAUAAUAACAAUGCGCUUUGUUUGUAUCGUUUUGUUAAGAUCUAGGCUGUAUAGUAAUCCUAAUAUAGUAAAAGAGGCAAAGAAGAUCCUCCAACACCCUCAGCAUUAGAAAUCUUGGCUGGUAUGGUAGGAAUUCUUUCAAGGUUUGAAAUUAUUUUUGAUAUCAAGAAAUGUUGGCAGGAGUUGGAAAUCCUCACCACUAACCCUGAACUGCAAGAAGUGAAGAAUGAGUAUUUUCAAGCAUACACAAUGACUUGUUGGAACUAUAUCUGGAAGUCACUAUUGUAUUAUGUUCUAUUAGCCACAGUUUUAAUAUUUGCAGGCCUGAGUGAUGACAGUUCACAUUAUUUUAUCUUCCCUCUUGCCUGAAUGGGGUAUAUAUGCAUUAAUCUGUUUGUUAAAAAAACUCAGAAAAGUUAUGCUGGUCUGAUUAUCUAUUUUUCAUUCUUUAGUACAAUCUCAACAGCUAUGAGUGUCGAUAAGCCACGCUAUGAACACUUUGAAGGCUGGAGCGUCAUUAACAUGCUGUUUAUCAUCAUUGCCAUAGCUUUCUGUUUAGAAUGGAGAAGAAUCAUGAAAGUAUAUUUCAUGUGCAAACUUUAUUAUGUUGUUAAUAUUUGUUAUGCUUAUGGAACAAUGACCUUUAUGUUUUGGUUCAGUUUGUUCUUUGAGGUUAUAUGUGUAUGAAUAAUCACAAUUACAUUGUCCAAAAUUGUUUUGAGUUUUAUUGAAAUAAAUAUAAAAAUCCAGCAUUUGUUUCAGACUAUUAGAAAGUUGCUCGAAGUAUUUCCAGAAUCAGUUAUGAUCGAGUCCUUUGACUCUUUGCUGAAACAAAAUACUGUUAAAUUUAUUAACAAUACUGCAAAGAAAGAAUUUUUCGAAGGUGACCAAGAAAGAUCUGAAUUUCUUAAUCUGAAUAUGGAAUUUAAAAUUAGUCACAAUUCUGAGAAACAUCAGAAAGAACUAUUUGAUAUUUCUGAAUUCUUGAAAAAUCAAACAAAAUCAGCAAUAGAGACCAACCAAGAAAUCUCAAGCGAAGUAAAAAUAGCCAGAACUGACUCUGAUGAAAAGUAUUUCACAGUCAAAACAAUCAUGGUCGAAUGGGAAGAAGACAAGCAAGCCUGAAUGCAUGUGUUCACUGACAUGACUCAUGUCAAGAACCUUGAGCAUGAGAAAGCCAUCAACAAGUGACUUCACCUGAUAUUUUCGAGUGUUUCUCAUGAGUUUAGAACUCCAUUGAACGCAUUUAAACACUCCAUUGGGUUUAUGAAAAAUUCAUAUCAGAACUUGCAGAAGUUAGCAGUGAAUAAUAGAGGCGAUGGUAGACUUCAGGAAUCAGACGAGAUGUUCAAUAAAUUCCACAAGAUCGCUUCUAUCUCUUCUACAACUCUGUUGUCCUUAGUUGAAGAUAUCCUUGAUCUCGCCAAGAUAAAGAGUGGAACAUUUUCAUUGAACAUUGACUCAUUCAGGCUCAAAGAAUUGAUGAACGAAAUAGAUUAUAUUUUUGAGUUCCAAUGAGCCCAAAAGAAGCUUGACUUUGAGAUUUCUUAUAUCAACUGAUGUCCUGAAACCAUUGCUGUUUCUGAUAUUGGAAGAGUGAAACAAAUACUCAUAAAUCUGAUCUCUAAUUGUUUCAAAUUUACACAAUGAGGAGGCAUCUCUGUCAAAAUUUGAGAGCUCAGAGAGUUGGAAAUGCAAACUUUCGAGUCUCAUUCUUACUUUAAGUUCAUAGUCGAAGACACUGGAAUUGGGAUUGCAAAGGAAAACCAAAAGAACUUGUUCCAGAUCUUCGGUAAACUCGACCAGGAUGAUAAAAAUAUCAAUGGCAAAGGCACUGGGCUUGGACUCAACAUAUGCAAAUAAACUCGUUGAAGCCCUUGGAGGAACAAUAGAACUAACCUCAGAAGAAACAAAAGGAACAGAAGUAACAUUCACCAUAAGAAACCAAGUCGAGCACAUACCCCCCUCUAGACAAAGACUAAUGAACCAACAAAUCCAAGACAGCUCGCACAGCUGCCAGUCAGCUAACUCAAUGGACCCAAAACCCCACACCAUCCGUCUAUUCACCCCUAACCCAUCAUGCUUAAACAACAAUCUUAAGUAAAUCCCCUCUCUCAA